UGAAGAACUCCUCAAAUGAAACGAUAUUCAUAGUCCUUUAAGACGGCCUUAUCUGUUCACAAAAAUGGCAAAUAAGGCGUCUUAUUCCAAGUCAGGUGUAUCUAACCUUCAAUUCGGAAGUCAUAUAGCAAUAUGGAUAAAUCUAAAAGUAAAUCAAAACAUUUUACAUCAAUUGAAAAAACACUAUUUCUUGAUAUAUUGAAAAGGUAUAAGCAUAUAAUAGAAGUGAAGAAAAGCGACUCUACUACGCUAAAAGAUAAAGACGUAGCUUGGUUAUAAAUUUGUAACGAGUUCAAUCUAUCACAUCUAAGCACGCAAGAGAGAAAUGUCCAGCAAUUAAAAAAGUUUUGGGCAAACUUGAAACAAAAUCAAAGAGACGCUUUAACUAAAGAAAAGCAAGAACGGAUGGCAACAGGCGGAGGGCCAUCGAUUAAAUCGGUGGAAAUUGACCCCGAUAUAGCAUUAAUAGCACCAAACUUGAUGAAAACUGCGCCAGCAAUUUACUUUUCUAAUUUAAACGACGAAGAAGUCAAAAAACGAGAAACACUAAUAAUGGAUUUUGUGGUCGAGGGUGAUCUUGCAAAUGUCGACCUUACAUUAGAAGGCGAUGAAGGCAAUGUAUAUGACGACAUGCUUGGUAACAACAACUGUUGUGAAAUUUCGGACAAAGAAAACAUUACACCUAACAUACAAAAAAAAAAUGCAUGCAGAAAAAGCAUCAUUGCAGCCAUCAGACAGCUCUUCGAGCUACAUGACACCAAGCACUAA